UAAUGUUUCUGUCAUGACGGGUGAAACACCCGCAGAUCUUGGCGGCCGCCCUGGAGGCUUAGUCAGCGACAGCCCCUUUUACACCCCUCGAUGCUUGCAUCCUGGCAGGAAGCACGACAAUCAGCGGAUGCCUCGUGUGCCCUGUCGGAACUGUCCCUUUGUCGGUACGUGACUGUUUUCUGGACACUCCUUGCAACUGUGCUUGUUCUUCUCGCCCUUUCCGACCUCGUGCUGGUUUUAUUUGGAGCCCAGUCAAUACUCGACUCGUACACCGUGAGGACUCUGUCGAUCAUUGAAGCUUCACAGAGCAUUUGUAUCCUCCUCCUAAACCACCCUACCAGGUUUCGUUGCGACACACUCGGGUGUCGCAGUCAAUUUCCGUCAUAAUGGGUGGCUCCGUGUCUAAGAUUAUGGGGAAGAUCUUUGGGACGAAGGAAAUGCGCAUCCUGAUGCUGGGUUUGGAUGCUGCUGGAAAGACAACGAUCCUUUACAAGCUCAAGCUCACCAAUCAGGACGUCACCACCAUU